AUUUCAUGCGUUCAAGCAAAUAUCCAGCGCUCACAAAGCCGCCAAAUUUAGGAUGGUCGUCAUCUGCGUUAACGACACCAACUCUGUUUCUUCUCUCUCUCUCCGAUCGCAAUGGCUUCUUCACCUUCUUCGUUUCCGAUUGCGCUAUUGCUCACCUUCUUCGCCGCCGCUUCCACCAUCGCGCCACUCUCUCAGUCCGCGAAAUUGCCGUUUCACCCCGAGGACGCGCUUCCUCUGUUGCCGAGGCAGCUCUCAUGGCCGAUUCUCAACCGCCUUCGUGGCCCCGUGGAUCUCUUGCCAACCUUCGUUGGCUCGGCCUCGCCUUCCUCCAAUGCCAGCUUGAACUGGAAGGGCGCUUGCUUCUAUGAAUCCACGGCUUCGAUGGAGUUCCACAACAAGAGCGAGAGCGAGUUCGGCGGAGGCACGCUUCACAUCAAGGUCAGCAAGGCACACAGUUGGACUUGCAUGGAUCUUUAUGUCUUUGCAACUCCAUACCGUGUGACCUGGGAUUACUAUUUCUUGAGUCGGGAGCAUACCCUUGAGUUUAAGGCUUGGGAAGGAAAAGCUGAAUAUGAAUACGUGAAAAGCAAGGGAGUGUCUAUCUUCCUCAUGGAAGCUGGGAUGCUUGGAACACUUCAAGCUCUGUGGGAUGUCUUCCCUUUGUUUACAAAUACUGGUUGGGGUGAAAACUCUAACAUCGCCUUUCUCGAGAAGCACAUGGGUGCUUCAUUUGAGGAACGCCCCAAACCCUGGGUGACAAACAUAAGUACAGAUAAUAUUCAUUCUGGAGAUUUCCUUGCAAUAUCAAAAAUCCGUGGGCGGUGGGGUGGCUUUGAGACAUUGGAGAAGUGGGUCAGCGGUUCUUAUGCCGGUCAUUCUGCAGUUUGCUUGAGGGACUCUGAAGGAAAGCUGUGGGUUGGAGAAUCGGGGCAUGAGAAUGAACAGGGCGAAGAUAUUAUCGCAUUGUUACCUUGGGAUGAAUGGUGGGAGUUUGAGCUGAAUAAGGAUAACUCAGAUCCCCAUAUUGCAUUACUUCCCUUGCAUCCUGACAUGCGGGCCAAGUUCAAUGAAUCUGCUGCAUGGGCAUAUGCUCGAAGUAUGGAAGGACAACCGUAUGGUUAUCAUAACAUGAUAUUUAGUUGGAUAGACACAAUUGAUGGGAACUAUCCACCUCCCUUGGAUGCUCAUCUGGUUGCAUCUGUUAUGACAGUUUGGAAUCAAUUAAGGCCUUCUUAUGCUGCCAACUUGUGGAAUGAAGCCUUGAACAUGCGACUUGGAACUGAGGGUUUGGAUCUUCCAGAUAUUUUAGUGGAGACCGAAAAGCGUGGCUCGUCCUUCGAUGAACUGCUUACCAUCCCAGAGCAGGAUGAUUGGCUGUACAGUGAUGGAAAGUCAACCUCUUGCAUUGCCUUUGUUCUUGAAAUGUACAAGGAGGCAGGAUUGUUUGGUUCAAUUGCGGACUCUAUUCAAGUGACGGAAUUCACGAUAAAAGAUGCAUAUAUGCUGCGGUUCUUCGAGAACAAUCCAAGCCGUUUGCCGACAUGGUGCAAUGAUGCUGAUGAUGUCAGACUCCCCUUUUGUCAAAUCCGAGGGAGGUACCGGAUGGAACUACCGGGAUACAAUACUAUGGAUCCGUACCCCCGUAUGAACGAGAGGUGUCCUUCUCGGCCUCCAAAAUACAUCAGGCCAAGAAAUUGCUGACGUAAGUUCGGGUUUUGCACAGCAUCUUAUAUUCGGCAUCUUUCAGAUGGCUUCUGCCCAGUAUCUCUUUGUUUCCCUGCAGGAAUAGUUCAUGUGCUAGUGGAUAGGUACUGUGAUAGUUGUAAAUAUGUGAUUAGACAGUCGUGGAGGGAAAAUAGUUAGCCAUUGGAUGGAAGUCUUGUCCGCCGUGCUGUAUAUUUGUAUGAUUGUUGGUGUUUUUUGGAAUAAUGUGCUUAUUUAUUCUGAUUCUGACAUGUAAAGACACAUUUUGACACUGAAAAAGUUGACAACUGACCAAGUUGGCGAGCUAAAUCAUAGAAUCAGUUUCUAUUAAGUGCCGCAAAAUUGCGUACACCUUUGUCCCUGGUAUUUUCCUUUUAUCAGGCAGGCAAUAAAUGGGGGUAUCCAACAGUGAUCUAAUCCUAAACUAGCAUUGACAUCACAAUCGAAGCCAGAGCACGGAGAUUUCCAUCCAAAUGCACAUUGAAAAAUGCGGCCUCUCUCCUCGAUCUAAUGCCAUGACAUUAUCACACUUCCAGCCAAACUCCCUUUUCACACUUUCAUUCCUUGUACAAUAAAACGCUAAAAUGAGUCCUUACAAUUGACCGAGACACCCUAAAGGCUAAUGCCGUGGAUUAUAAACCAGGAUUCAUCCAAAGGAAAGAUCUCUCUUGCAC